AGGAAGUAAAAGCUUAUAAAUAAUGAUUGAUAAUUUGAAUAGGCUUUAGUUUAGUUCUUCACUUUUUGUAUCUUGCAGCGUUCUGGGACGGACUCAGACAGACACCUUAAGAAAUCUGUUUUAUUUUUUCAAUUUCGGACGAGGACAUGGUUAAGCCGAAGCUACAGAAGAAGCUAUCCCAGAAGAAGCAACAACAACCGCAAGUUAAGAAGCUGGGAAAACGGGCUGACACUUCUCAAUUUCGUACUCAGUUGGAUGCUCUGGGAUUACGCAUUGUUGAAGUGACUGCAGAUGGUAAUUGUUUCUUCAGAUCCCUUGCUGAUCAGUUGGAAGGCAAUGAGGAAGAACAUAAAAAGUACCGCAGCACGGUUGUAAAACACAUAUUGGAUAAUCGAGAGAUGUUUGAGCCCUUUAUUGAAGAUGAAGUACCAUUUGAUGAGUAUUGCCAAUCCAUGGAAAAUGAGGGUACAUGGGCUGGACAUAUGGAAUUGCAGGCAGCUUCUCUUGUAACACGUAGUAAUAUAUGCAUUCACAGGCACAUGUCUCCUCGGUGGUACAUAAGAAAUUUUGACGAUCAUGGAGUUCGCAUGGUCCAUUUGUCUUAUCAUGAUGGGGAGCAUUAUAACAGUGUGCGGUUGAAGGAUGAUCCUUGUGAUGGGCCGGCAAGGCCGAUUGUAAUCAAGGCUGAUGCUGAUCUUUCAGUACCUUCACAUGAAACAAAAGUUAUGAACAACAAAACCCGUGGGCGAGCUGGUAAGGAAACUUUUCAACCGGGGUCCAUAAAGUUGGUUAUGGCUGGAACUGGAUGUGAAAAUGCUGAAAAAGUGGAACAGAUUCUAGGGCAGGUAAAUGGAGACAUUGAUGCUGCGAUAGAAUUUCUAAUAGCAGAGCAAGGAACUGAAGAGUGCUCUGCGAACUCAGAUUCCCUACCUAGUCGGGCUAAUACUUAUGCACGUAUAGGUCAUGAUGAAAAUGAGAACCAUAAGCAACACAAAGAGGACAAGGUAGAGGACAGCACUAAUGAUGAAUCAAACAAUAGUUCCAGGAAGACCAAUAUCAAAUUGCAACCAAAUGAUAAGAUUCCUAGAAACAAGGUCUGCCCGUGUGGUUCCAAAAAGAAAUAUAAAGCUUGUUGUGGAUCUGCCUUGGGAACACAAUCUGCUAAGUUUCUUGUUAACCAAGCAGCUGACGCACGAAGAGGGAAAAAUGAAAGGAAGCGAGGAGAAAAGGGGAUUUCUGCAAAAGUAGAAGCGCCUAGUGAAUACGAUUUGGUAACACCUGACGUGGGCGCCCUUUGUAUUUGAAUUGACAAUAGAUAAGUUGAUUGUGCUGCACCAGAGGAGAUGAUACUGAAGGUGAGCAAGUUUUGUCUUUACAUUCCUCUGGAUUUACAAGUUUACUGAAGGUCAUAUAAAGAGAACCCUACCAGUUUUUAUAUCGUCACUGCUCAUGUUAUGUCAACUAGUUGAUAUGCUCAUGUUAUCGUCACUGCUCAUGACAACUUAUUGGCUACCAAGAUGCCAGCUUUUAGUAGUAAUCUACUAUGUUGUUAUCGUCCCUUCAAUAUAUACUGGCCGGUCUUUGAAUUAAGACUUGGUUUUGGUAAGGCGGAAUGAGGGAGGGAGGAAGGAAGAGAGUAGAAAUGAGGAAAGGUGCUUGGGUUGGUUGGAGAGAAGUGUGAAGAAAAGAGGAAAGAGAAAAACGGACGGUCCACGUGGCACUGUGAAGAAACAUGCAGAAAUUUGCUACUCUCAGUGGCAUAAUUGUUUGUGAUGCACGUAUAAUUGGUUAUGCUGCUUGAAUACACGUUUUGACGUUUAGAUUAGGGAUCACUGUGAAGAAACAUAUAGAAAUUUGCUACGCAAGAGCAUAAUUGUUUGCGAUGCACGUAUACUUAGUUAUGCUGCUUGAAUACACGUUUUGACAUGU